GUAUGCGCUUUUAAAAAAAAAAAAAAAAAAAAAAAAUCAAAGAAAUUUAUUAAAAAAAACAAAUUUUUUAUCAUACAUACAUAUAUAUAAGAAACCUUUUCAUUUUUUUAAAAAAUAAUUAUGUCCAACUACCAACAAAAUAUGAGUGAAGGGAAUUUUUCAACGAGAUCAUUAGGUGGAGCGACUGCAAUAGGAACACCUCAUGUUAAUCCUACAGAAAAUACCGAUGAAGUUGCUUCAGUAAUUUCAUAUUCACAACAACAUGAUGAAGGUGAAUCCGGUUCAGUGUUAACAAGAGAUAGUUAUCACCAACCAUUAGUGGAAAAGAAUACUUACGACCAACAACAUUACCCUGAUUAUAAUCAGGCUAGUGGAUUGGGUGGUUUUUUCCCCCAACGUAAAUAUAUCCGUCAAGAAGAUGAUCCUUAUUAUGAUGAAGAAGCAACACGUCAUAAUACUCUUACUUCAGGGGAUCCAAAUGUCUAUGGCUUUGAACAUGAUUACACUGAUAGAGAUUUUCCUGGUGGUGGCAAAGGUGCUCGUCAAUCUAUGACUGGUGAAUAUCUUACUAUGCCAGUUGUUGAUCCAAAGAAAAGAAAAUGUUGCGGUUGCUGUACUUGGCCAGUCUGUAUUUUAAUUACUUUAAUUAUUUUAAUUGGUUUGGGAAUUACUGGAUUUUUCGUUCUGCCUCGUAUUCCUAAAGUUAACAUUAAAGAUGCUACACCUGCAUCAGCACCAAUUCUUAGUACGAAUCCUCCUUAUAUUAAUAUGAAUUUUACUAUGAGUAUUGAAAUUGAUAAUACUAAAAAUUAUGUUCCAUACAAAUUCAAUAGAAUUGAUGUUACAGUAUUUGAUAGAACAGUUGCAAAUUCUGAUUCUAUUGCUACUGGGACAAAAACUGAUUAUACUUUAUUACCAAAACGUAUUGAUACGGUUGAUUUUCCAUUAAUGGUCAAUUAUACAAGCAAAUCUCUAACUGAUCCCGUUAUAAUGAAUUUUAUUAACGCUUGCUCACCUGAAGUUACUCGACAUACUCCAUUAAAACUUAAGGUUGAUGUAUUAUUAUUUGUGGCUGGUAUUGAUUGGAUUUAUAAACCAAAGAUUUCUGUUCCAAUACCAGAUAUAAAUUGUCCUAAUAUUUGAUUUAAAAAAUAUAUUUUAUUCCUUUAAACCCUUAUUUUUGUAAUAUAUUCUACAUAUAUAUUAUUUUAUUUAUUAAUUAUGGUUAUUUUAGAUAAAAAAAAAAAACUUUAGAAUUAAUUAAUUCACAUCUUCACAUGAUUGCAUAUUGAGUACCGUGGGUGGUUUGAUAAGAGUUAUGUAAUAUAAAUAAAAAACUUUAUUCCGUUUUUUUUUUGAUGCAGCAUU